AGAUAACGGUAGGCAAGGAGGGUAAUUUAGGUAAUUCAGUUUUCAGGAGUGGCACCAAUUUAGUGCCGAAGAGGAACCUGAGGCGAAAGUGAGAGAGAAAAAUGGAGUGUCUUAGCGUUGUAGGAGCAAGUCCUUGUGUUUCUUCUUCUUUACUUUCUUCCAAAACCAGUCGCUUAUCCUGCGCACCCUCUUGCAGGCUUAUCCUUAACCCCAUCAAGAAACACCAUAAUUUAGCUGCAUUUCAGUCAGCAUUUCAUCUUUUUGCAAGUACCCAAUUUCUUCCCCAUGCAUCCAAAAGGAACCAUACAGCUCGUAUAUUUCUUCCCCACUUGGUUGCCUCCAUGGAGGAAGUGGAGGAGACAUACAUUAUGAUUAAGCCUGAUGGUGUUCAAAGAGGACUAGUUGGGGAGAUUAUUUCAAGAUUUGAGAAAAAGGGGUUCAAGCUAACUGGAUUGAAGCUUUUUCAAUGCCCCAAAGAAUUGGCAGAGGAACAUUACAAGGACCUCCAAUCCAAAUCAUUCUUCCCCAAGCUGAUCGAUUAUAUUACCUCUGGUCCUGUUGUCUGUAUGGCCUGGGAGGGUAUUGGUGUUGUAGCAUCUGCUCGCAAGCUAAUAGGAGCAACUAAUCCUCUUAAUGCCGAGCCAGGCACAAUCAGAGGAGACCUUGCUGUUCAAACUGGAAGAAAUGUGGUGCAUGGAAGUGAUAGCCCUGAGAAUGGCAAGCGUGAAAUAGCUCUUUGGUUUAAAGAAGGUGAACUUAGCUCAUGGACACCAGCUCAAAAGCCUUGGUUGACGGAAUAAUGUUUCAUGGAGAUAUGACUCAUCUGUAGGAUUUGGAGGUUUCAGUUUCAUCAAUCUGCAGGAGAACGAUGAAUUCAAUUUUGUGAUACUAUCAUUCUGCCAUUGCAAUCAACUUUUCUUUAAAGAAAAAUGUGUUUGUAAUGCUGGAAUACAAGCAAUAGCAAUUCUAAAGGGCUCAUUAGAAAAGUUUCCUGGUUUCUUAGAAGAGCUUGAACAUCUUCUUGAAUUAAAUUCGACCCAUUUACGUGUACCAAAUAAUAGUAUACUAAAUAACUUUGAAUUCAGUGGAUAAUUGGAUUCACUUUGGACAUGUGAACGCAAUUUUGAAACAAUUCAAAAUAGACAAUAGAACAACUAAUUCAGAUGAAAUAUUUGUUCGA